UGCAUGGGGGAAGAACUGUACAGACGAUAACAGCGGCUAUCAAAACGUAAACAUUAGUACGGAGGGAAUCUUGGACGGUAUUGCCAGUCGCGUGCUCGCCUGAGACCCUGGCCGUCGGGUGGCUGCUGUAGCAAUUGGCUGACACCGGCAAAUGUAAGCAGGAUGCGCGGAAAGGCGGCUACACCAGACGAGCUGCGGCGGCGGAGCGCGAGCUGCCAGUGGCAGAGGCAGAAGCUGCUGCGAGCCGCGGUGGAGAACAGCACGAGCCGGUGGGCGCUGGAGGUAUACAGCACGCGCUGCUCGCUGCCCGCGCUGGCCAGCCUCUGGCGCCAGCAGACCGGCGGCGGCUGCGACUUCGAGAACUUCGCGCAGCGCGUCGUCCGGCGCAGCAGGUCGCGCCUCCGCUCGCCGUCUGAGACGUCCGUGGGCAGCAGCCGGCGGUCGGCCAGCGAGCCGCGCCUCUGGGUGCCCCAGCAGGCCGCUGCUCCACCAGCUGGUCAGAAGAGGCGACACUCAGUCGCCGUACCUGUGCUGCCGGUUGCCAUCUGUGGUCCUUACGUGUGCGUGGCACCCACAGCGUCAAAACCAGCUGCUCAUGGAACUUCAAAAGCUGAUCAAAUUCACCGGACGCAAAUGCACAGGUCUGGCGAACAAAUGCAGCGUGAUUACCCUGGUGUCUGCCAUGUGGACACGCAGCAGAUACGUCUGCUGCCGCGCGCCAUGCCGGUGUUGCUGUUGUGCAGAGUUGGAAUGGCUCCUGCUCGCCAGUGGAUAGCGCCGUCUGCUGCCGCACCGGUUGAGACUUCGGCUGGCAGAGGUGAAACGGCACACAAAUGGGCCCAUACAGAGGCUUCGCAGUCAUCGGGCCGCAGAGAUCCGUCCCGUCGCAACUCCAGCGGAGACAUCGGCCAAGUGCAACACACAGCGACAGCAAGCAAAGUCCAGCGCAGUCGUACGCGAACGCUUCCCGGCAAUUUCGCACAGCUGGAGAAAUCUUGGACUUCUAAUGCCGGCAGUCAAGUAAAGUCGCCAUCCAAAAACAUUCGUUUAUGACGAGCAGAUCAGAAGUAUCACGCAAGAGCGGCCUGUGGGGACGAUCCAUCAAUCAGCUGAGAGCACAAGAAAAGUAACUUUUAAGCAACAGACAGAAUUUUGGGUAACAGCCAGAAUGUAAAAAAAAGGUUGAAGUAUCUUGAUGUUACUAAAGUUCUAGUAACAAUUUUUCGUCCCCUACCCCUCUUCAUAUGUAUGCCGACGUAAAGAGAACAGGUUUAGCUUGGAGUUAAAAACAGACGGCUAAUUACAUCAUGCUGCUACUAAAAAGUUUAGUACUGUGUAUACCAGAUCCCAUUUUUCUGCUAUAUUGAGUAAUCGGUUCGAUGCAGAUGAUAAAUACUCAAACAUACUAAAGUAUACGCUUAGUUUUAAAAAAAACUAGUCUUGAAAUACAAUUGUUAAGGAUUUUUAACCCGGAAUUUUUUUCUAAUGGCGUGUCGAACAGAGGUGAAGGUAUAUCCAAGACUCAACGCUCAUACCACAUUUCUGCAGUCAUUUGGAAUUUUAUUUUUGAUAAUGGUUUGUUACUUGAAAAGUAGUGCUGUUGUUGAGCAGUCGUGCAAAUCAAUAAAGAUGGUUUGUGAGCCUACUGUCUUAA